CCUUCCUUCUUCCCACAAGUGACCUGAGUGCCUACCUAGGUAUGUACUAUUCCAUCAUCUCUCCCUCGUUUUUAUCCCCGCUCUUUCUCAGAUUCGCCUGGAUGCCUUCUGACUAUCUUACCUUACCUACCUAUAUUCCCUUCUCAUCGUCUUCAAUCACUGCGACUUAUUCAUUCCUCCAACUUCUUCAUCCUCCUCCUCCUCUUCCUUCUUUUCAUUGUCCAACCCAGUUGACCCGGAGCAGAUUCAAUCACCAACCACUACCCUUAACACCCACUGUAACCGUCUGCCCAAUACCAUCGCAGCGGGCGCAAGACUCCGCUAUCCGGCCGGUGACCGAAGUGUCAGUGCAUAACGAACGAACAGUAAGGACUCGACCAGACCACACCUGGGCGGUCCCCACGAAAUUCGUCACCGCAACUGGGUCUGGGGGAGGUCUCUAGUCGCUUCAACGCCACCACGCCUCGACCAGGUUUAGCUCAUCCCUGGCCUGCCAUCCCCAUCCAUCCCUAGUACAGUACACGCCCAGGAAAACACACACACCCACAACACCAGCGCCGGGUUACGCUACGUACUCCUCCGGUACAGUACGCUAGAAACUAGCCCCAAACAGAACCUGUCCACCUGCUGCCCCCAAGGACCCCGGCUACGGCUAUCGCCUGCUGUUUGCUCAAGCACUUGUCCGGGCUCUUUAGGUUGACUAUACGCCUGCAACUACAAACUGCUAUAAGCCUGGCCCCCCACCCACAUUGUGAAAUCCAUUCAAUUCUCUAUACUUCGUACCUACGCUAGAUCUUCGACUCUCUCGUCAAUUCAUCUCAAAUCGAUAGCAUACCUAACAUACGUUUUGUUUGCCUUUGCACUCGCCUGUACCCAUGAGUCUCUAACCUCGAGCCCUCCCAAUUUCACCUUUCCUGGGUGCUUCGGCAUUGACAAAGAUUCCUCUGGUUUUCCUCACACUCCCAUCAUGGCUGUCGUUCUUCCAUCCGACGACAACGGUUACUUCGCCGGCUCCGGCCUACGACGCUCACAUUCUCACUCCAACUUCAUCUCAUCGAAUUCACCAUUUUCCACUUCUUCUCACCUCAGCGACCAUUACAAGCCUGCAUCCAAGUCUUACGCCGAAUCUAACUCUUCAUCUGCUCCCUCGUCUCCCCGUACCGUCCACGCCGACUCUGUCGAUCUCUCCUACGCAUCUACUCCUGCCACUAAUCUCUCUAUUGCCUCUGACUACGACGACAACAUUGGACUCGCUGAAUCACCUGAGGAUCACUUCAUGUUUCCAUCCUUUGCGCAGGAGAAGUUUUAUGUUCACCCAGAGAUCCGCCCUGAAAUCCACCACGAUGACAACCUAGAGCCACCGCCCAGUCCACGAACUGGCGACUCUUACACUGUUUCUCCUGCGGAACACGAGAACUCUGAAGAGGUCUCUGAUGAUACAUCGAGGCCCGAAACGCCUGAACAUGAAAAGUCCGAACAUGCAGCAGAGGACGACACUGCAGUGUCAAGUCGACCAUCCCGUCAGGUGGAUUAUCUAUCUCAUGAGUGGAGAGAGGAAGAUAUCUGGUCAUCAUGGCGAUAUGUGGUCACUCGACGGGGUGAGUUCCCCAACAGUGCUCGGUUAGAGAAUGCUUCUUGGAGGACCUGGAUGAAGGCCAAAAACAACCUCAAGACCAUCUCCCCCGAAUCUCUCAACUGGCUUAAGGAUUGUGAUGUCACCUGGCUCUAUGGCCCAUUGCAGUCGGGACCCAAGAACCUCCAUCCUACACAUACUGAGCCUUCGAGCGUGUCGUUAUCCAAAGCUGACUCACUGGUCAACCUCAACAAGAAGCCUAUCCUCAAGAAGAGAAGCAUGUCCGAAGUGAUGCUUCAGCGAUCACUGUCUACAGCUUCAUUAUUAAAGCAGGCCACCGCGGCUGUCAAGGCCCAAGAGACACGAGGAAUUCUUCGACCACACCUUGGUCGCUCAUCAACAGAUUACUUCGCCUAUCCCUUCGCAUCACGUCGGUUGAGCGGAGACAGCAGCAGUGUUGCUCCUUCAGUCGAGUCAUCUGGAAUCAUUUCUCCCAACUCUGAGCGAAAACACAUUCACUUCAAUGAGCAAGUCGAGCAGUGUAUAGCUGUCGAAGCCAAGGGCGAAGAUGAGGAUGAAAUGGUCGAUGAGCACUUUGUUUCAGAUAGCGACUCAGAUGAUGGCGUGAUGAUGAAACGAGUCAGGACCAAAAAGAGGCCCAUUUCUCGACGCAAGGCUAUGAAGUCAAAGCCAGCUGCUGAAGGCAAGACAAUUGCCAUGUUGCCGUCCACCACCCUUAAGUAUCGGGAAGACACUCCUGAGCCACGAGAGACUGCAAUGAAGCACUCCCGAAGCCCUCUCAUGUCUCCUUCAUCUUCACAGGAGACGCUAAGACCUACUAAACAAUCAGGAAAGUUCUUUUUCGGUGAGGAAGACCAUGAUGAUGGUCUUGACGACGCUUUAUUAAGUCCCCGUUCAGGGUGGGCGUCACCUCCCAGCGAAGGUGCCAAUGGAGGCCUGAGCAGAUCCAUCUCGUCAGGCAGUCUUUGUGAGGAGCCUGCGGGCAUGCGACGCACACCAUCCGGUAUGUUUAUGCCUUAUGGGGAGGGCGAAAUACAAUCCGGAGACGGCAUUUUCGGUCGAGUUAUUGACACAGUCAAUACAGCCCGUGAUAUCGCCCACGUUAUUUGGAACGUUGGCUGGAGGAAGUAAUGGAUACACAAGCGUUCGACUUUCUUUUAGCGACGCGAUUGGAUUUUGAACAAGCUUAUAAGCUUGUGACUCACUCAGUGUGAGCUGAAACGACGCCAUGACAACAUAAAAAAAGCGCAUCUAUCUAUAUACGGGAAUUUCGGAGAUAAUUGGCAUUGAUCGGCCAUACUACCGCGACUAUCACGAAGUAAAGGCUUGUUGACGGGGAGUCUGUGCCAGUGUCACGACGACAUCUUGGAAAGUGGCCCCGGAAUCGCAUUUCUAUCUUUGAUGCACGGUCUGCAACAGCGAGUGGAUGGAGACGAAAGGGCUAAAGAAAAGCACCGUGUUUAUUGUGGAAGAGCUGGGGUAGCUGCGAGGGAUUUUCAUGGGUAAAGGAGAGGCAGCUCACACCAAAGGCGCCAUCAGGCUUUUCUACGAUGGAGCAACCUACCCCGUGACGCCCCCGGUACCCGGGUUCCGACUACGAAAUCGGGGCAACGGGAAAAAGCCAUUCCAGAGGUCACAGGCCCGGGGGAUAUUCGGCGUUAUAGUUUUUUUGUUCCCGUCUUCCUUUUGUGGCAAGGGUUUUGUUUUUUUCACUUCAUGAUAUCCCAUGGGCAAGUGGGUACUACGGAUCACAGACGGCCUCGGGCGGUUAUGGACGGAUCAGGAAAGGGAAGGGAAGGGUACAGGCCAUGGGGUCAAUUGAUUUUUUUCGGCGACUACGGCGACUCUACGGGACGGUCAAGGCCAGGCAGGACAGGGACAAUUUAAACAAGGGAAGAAGAAGAACAAGAAGGACACAAACGGCAAAUGGCAACAGGACCGGGUCUUCAGUGCGUUGGUGAAUUGGUUGUACAUAAAAAAAAGUGACAGGGGGUCGCAUCUCGACGUAAUUGGGCGGACCGGACGGAAGCCAUGACAAAACUAUACAAAAGCAUUCAUGAUAUAAUAAUAUGGUGUUCCCAUCAUCUCGA